UACCUUAAGCUAAAUUACCUUCAUAAAAACCCUGUUUUAAUUUGUCCCAUCUUGUGACAGGUAUAUCUCCAGCAGAAGCAACGCAGAACGCUCUGCUCUGGGCAUGCGAGCGAUUUAGAAAAGGUUUGAGACAUGGAGCUGUGGAACAUAACAGAUGUGGAGGAAAAACCAAGCUCGCUUUUGUCUAACUGUACAGUGGAUACAAGCUACCGCUUCACCUUCUAUCAGGUGUCCUACAGCGUCAUCUUCCUGCUGGGACUGGUCACCAACAGCCUGGCUCUGCGCAGACUCUGCACGUCCUCUUGCACCAUGAACAGCACAGCCGUCUACAUGGCCAGCCUGUCCUUUGCCGACAUGUUCUUUGUGAUUUCUCUCCCAAUGAGAAUCUACUACUACCACCAAAAGGCUCGAGCUUGGUCGAAGACUGAGGACUUGACCAGCUGGACUCCUGGAGCAGCUUUCUGCCAGAUCACCUUCAUCCUCAAAUACAUCAGCUUGUACGGCGGGAUCUUCUUCCUCGUGUGCAUUGCAGUGGACCGAUACUUUGCUGUCGUGCAUCCUCUGUCGCCGAACCUCCGCAGGCAGCGUGUUGCACAGACGGUGAGCGGGGGUAUAUGGUGUGUGGUACUGGGACUCAGCGUGAGUCUGCCGCUGUUGCGUUUGGCAGCAUCUCACCAAAACCGGCCCUGUCUGCUCGACCCGUCCUCCGUGCGCCACAGAACUUUCAUUCUGUUCUCUCUGAGUUUAGUUUUGGGGUCAUUUCUGCUGCCCACGCUGAUACUCCUCUACAGCUACUGCAGAGUGCUCAGCGUGCUCCGCAUGUCAAGGCAUCGCUGUCGCAGCCAACGCCGCAAUCGUCGGCAGUCUCUUAAAAUUAUUUACUGGGUUUUGGGCGUCUACCUGCUGUGCUUUCUGCCCUAUCAUGUCAAUCUGCUGGGCUAUACACUGACACACAUGAAGCUGCUGCCACACUGUGGCCUGGCCAAGCUGACCAAGACUGUGCACCCAGUGGUGCUCUCACUGGCCAGCUUUAACUGCUGCCUCAAUCCGCUCAUCUAUUAUUUCUCCAGCACUCUGGUGCACAGGGAGACUUCGGGAGGUGGAGGCAGUAGCGUUCAAUGCCAAGGAGGAUAACUGCGAGGAUUACAGCCUAUUUGAAACUUUUUAAUGCUAAACAUGACUGGUUUUUGGUGAGUAAAGAGAACUCAAAGUGUCAGAGGAAACAUAAAAGCUUUAGGAAACUGAU